AUGGCUACUUUUCUGAAUCUUUACUGUGAAUCACAUGUUGUACUCUUGAUAUCACUUGUUGCUGCCUUUGACUUCUCUUUCCCAGAACUCCAUCGCCAGAUUUGACCAAGAUGAGCGAAACCUCUCCCUCCUCCCCCCUCCUCGCCUCAACAGACACCAACCCGCCCAAAGGAGGACCGGGUCUCAACGCCUCUCUCUUCCUCGAACCUUCUCCCGCCUCUGCUCCUUCCGAAGCCGAGGACUGCCUUGCCGCCGACGAUGAUUUCGAUAGCGAUGAUGACAACGACAACAACAAGGUCACCAAAAGGUUCGGAAUCAGUGCCUCCCUGGUGAUGAUCACCCGCCUCAUCCUCUUCGUUCUCACCCUCGCCAACAUCAUCACCUGGGUCGUCGCCGGAAGACUUGGCAAUAACGGCUUUGUGGUGGUCAUCUUCGUUGAACUGAUCUUCAUGUUGAUCACGAACGGGUGCUUUAUCUUGAAGCUGGUGCGGGAGAACCGGCGCUGCAAUGUCCGUGGUCUUAACUUCAAGAUUCCCAGGAUCUCACUCGCGGUUGGAGACUGGUUUUGCGUCCUUGACGGCCAGAACUUCUUGGGGCAGAAGUGGAUGGAUGAUGAUAAGAAGACGAAGAGAGUGAGAAGCCUUCUUGUGAGGCUGUUUGGGGUGUUUAUCGAGUUGUAUUUUGGGAUAACGUUGAUCGUUUUUACGAAGUGCGCCUUCGACGCUGCUUGGUGGUACUACUUGAAUAGAUGGCAAGCUCCUCUCAUCAUUGGAUAUGUUAUCGGAAGCUUUCAGCUUCUCGCCGUCAUCCUCGACCAGAUCAAGCCGCUUGGCCGGAGAACUACCAUCGAAAUCGCAUACCACAGUGAUGGACCUGUGCAAAAGGAUUAUUACAUUCAACUCCCCGUUGAGACCGAGGCCGAGGCAGUGAAUCCUCCGAUGUCCAUCGCCGCUUGAUUAUACGCCUCUAUACAUACGGUAAACAGGGACUUCUUCCACUGACUCGUCUUGGAUCUUGAAACGUUGUAGCAGUGGCAAGGGAGCACGCAACGUUUAAAGAUGCAAGGUUGCGAGUUGGUAGCUUUACGGGCGAUGAACAGAAGCUAUCACAUGUUGUAGUCUGCUGGCUACACCGACGACAAUAUGCAAUGAAUAAAACCGAAAAUUGGAAACAUGGAUAUAAACAAGCAUGACCCCUUAGCUUGCGGAUUAAUCAAAUACGUGUUGCCCUUUUUUUUUCUCGCACAGCUUGAAACGAGCGUCGCUGUAUCCAAGGCUUAGAUGUUGAUGAACAAGAACCACCACCAACUCCACCACCAACCCACUCAUUCACCGCGCACACUUCUCCCACACCUCUACGCCAGUAAGCCACGUACUUCCAACCAUCAAAAGCCCAAUCAUGCCCGGCCAGUCUGGAAACCACCCAACAACAGCACCCGGCUGAGCAAGAUCAAGCAAAUCAGCCGUGAUCCUACGUUUGAUCCGCAUACGGCGAUCCAUCCGAAUCGCCAUCCUCUGCUCCUCUUCUGCCCUUUGUUCCAACGCAGCACGCUGGCGCUCCUCCUCCUUGAGUUGAUUACCAUGCCCAUCAUCCUCUUGUGUUCCUGUCUCGUUCUCCUUUUCCGUCUCAGAAGUUCCAUCACUGGCAGCACCACCACCACCACCACCACCAGCCAGGUCGCGGUCAUACACCAACCUGACCACACCCCCAAUCACCCCGCAAACAAGCGCAAACAACCAAAACCUUUGACCUUCCACAUGCAAAAACCUAUUGACCUCUGAACCCCACGGGUCCAGCCCUGGCACGCCCAGCGCCGCGCAAAAUCCCAGCGUCUCGAAGAGGAGGUACAUCCCAUUGAAACUCUUGGACAUGAUAUCCAACCACAUGUAGUACAUACCUACCUCGCUCUUGUUGAGUUCAGUUUGUGCCUGGUAUUGGUAGUAGAGAGUCGAAGCAG